ACGAACGAUUAUUAUCGUUCGAUAAACCAAAAAACAAACUCAGUACCAUGUCAUCCUCCGAUGAAUGCGACCGCUCUGGCGGAGCGAAUACGCCAUCACCGAAAGUUUGUGAAUUUUCAGACGACAAUUUAAAUAUAGAUAUAGAUAUACUUAUAAGUGAAGUCCAAUCAAGAGCCCUUCUUUGGGAUAAAAGCCUGGAUCAUUAUUCUGAUAGAAAUUUAAAAAGAGCGGCUUGGGAAGAAAUAUGUGUCUUAUUUUAUCCAGAUUUUAAUAAGAUCUCUAGGCAGCAACAAAAACAAAUUGGAAACAGCAUAGAAAAGAAAUGGAGGAAUCUUAGAGAUGCGUUCACUAGAAGCUUAAAAGAGGAUAAGCCCAAAUCAGGAGAUGGCGCAAAAAAAAAAAUACAAAAAACAAUAUUUAUACCAUGAACAAAUGAGAUUCCUGAUAAACACAAUUACUCCGAGAAAAACUUCAAGUUCUAUUAAUUUAGAUAACACCGAAGUUGAUGCGCAGGAAACUGAAAUUCAACCUUCAGAAAUUGAAGCUGAACCACGUUCUACGUCACAAAAUAUCCAAUCAAAUAAAACAAAACAAAAUAAACAAAAAGAAACAAAUCUUGAAAAGAAAUUUAUGCAAUAUUUAGAUGCACAAACUCAAAAAGAAAUUUUUGAUGAAAAACCAGAUGAACAUCAACAUUUUUUUAAUUCUUUGUUACCCAUUAUACGAAAAUUUAAUGACGACGAAACACUUAUAUUCAGAACAGAAGUACUUAGAAUUGCACAAACAAUAAAACAAAAUCAAAUUUCAUCAGAAACACUCCAGCCACAACACACAGCGUCAGUACUUCCCACACAUCAUCCACAAUACUUAUACCAAGCAAGCCCUUCGUAUAGAAUGUACCCAAAUAACAAUCAAUUUGUAUCUUCACAUAGUCCAAGUAUUCAACAUCAAACUGUAUUACAACAUAUGAAUUUUCAACACAACACACCUGUACAGGGGUCACCUAACUAUCCAAUCCGCUCAACUUAUCAAAAUUAUGCAUCUAGUCAUCAACCAAUUGUGUCCAAUCAGAACGAUACAUCAAAAUAUUUUAGUGCCAUACAACCUAUGUCUACACAACAUUCGAGUGUUGUUUCCCCUUCGUCAUCAAACUACACAAACAUCGAAUCUCCUGAAGAUUCGCAGCCUAAUUCACGUUCCGAGUCACAGUCUUCCUUAAUAAACGAGUUUCUUAUAUAGCUAUUAAUUCUCAGCAUCCACGUAUCGACUUAAUUUAAG